AUGACACCUGGGAACAGCAUGAUCGAGAACCUUAUUAGCCGUCUUAGUCAUCGAAAUGAAUCCUACGAGGAGAGCUCAUCAUCAGAAGCAGUAAUGAAACACUUUUCUACUUCGGCCGCGUAUGUUGCGGCAGUGACGUUUUUCCGCAGUAGACGGAUAUUGAAUCUAUGGGGAGAUUUAGUUUUAAUUACUGUAUGGCUAAAGUGUCCACCACCGGGGAAUUAUCAGUAUCAAACUCCAUGCCACGAUACACACGGCAGUUACAAACCGGCAACCACCUGCCAUUUACCAGUUCACCAGCGCCAUGCCAUCAAACUUUCAUGCAGAUUCAUAAUGCAUAAACCGUAUUGCGACUUGACGUCCACGAGAAUCCUUGCGCCACCCGUUGAGCAAAGUGUCAAGAGCCGAUCCUGGUGGUGUUUCGCAAUUCAAGUAGCCAGUGCAAGAGAACAAGAUAUGGAGAUUUAUGGGAAGAGAAAGGGGCACGAGCAAUUAGACGAGCAGCUUUAUUUUACGUUAAAAGCUUUACUUGAAAGAUAG